UCACCAUAUAGCCUGAGAUUUUGAUGCUUUGUAUUGCAUUACUCCAUAUAAAUAAUUUGUUAUAUACCUUAUUUGUUAGUCAGUUUGGCUAAAAUCAUCUAAAUAAAUACAGUAUAAUUAUUUGGAAUCUUAUGUUGUUGUUCUGUGUAAACCUUUGAGAAGUCCUGCUUUACUGUACACAAAUCAAGUACAUUGUUUUCUUAGGCCAGUGCGAUGAGUUUCUUCUUCUUCUUCUUCUUCUUCUUCUUCUUCUUCUUCUUCUUCUUCUUCUUCUUCUUUUUUCCCUUUACAUUCCAAAUAAUAUUGCACCUUUGCCCCUCCCGUCUUUUCUCGGAUUGGCUAGAAGUUGAGUUGAAGGAGAAACACAGCAGAAAGUCUGUUUUGCAUGCAAUGCUCCCGAAAAGUCUGAACUCACUUUAUCAGAAUCUGUGAUCGCAUGCAAAAGCAGGUCCGUCAACACCGUUAAAACUGGGAGUUUGACAACAUGGUCGGAGAUCACACCAUAACCGGAGACAGCGCGCUUUCAUCAAGGUCUUCUAAAAACGGAUUAAGCUGUAAAAUGGUCCUUCAGGCGGUUGGCAAAGUUUUGAGGAAGGGCAAGGGGAAGCCCAAUGGAAAGAAGCCGCCCAUAGAGGAGAAAAAGCAUUACCUGGAUGGGGACUACACCAAAGUAAGGGUCGUCGAUUUCGACCUCAAGGAGCUGGUGGUGUUGCCAAGGGAGAUCGACCUGAAUGAAUGGCUCGCUAGCAACACCACGACUUUCUUCAAUCUCAUCAACCUACAGUACAGCACAAUCUCAGAGUUCUGCACAGGUGAUACGUGUCCGGCCAUGACGGCCAGCAAUACGACAUAUUACUGGUAUGAUGAGAAAGGGAAGAAGACUAAAUGCACAGCGCCACAGUACGUUGACUUUGUCAUGAGUUCAGUACAGAAAUUGGUGACAGAUGAGGACAUCUUUCCCACUAAGUAUGGUAAAGAAUUCCCCAACACCUUUGACUCACUGGUGAAGAAAAUCUGCAGGUAUCUCUUCCACGUGCUUGCCCACAUCUACUGGUCCCACUACAAGGAGACAGUGGCCAUGGACCUGCACGGACACCUAAACACACUGUACACACAUUUCAUUGUUUUUAUUAGGGAAUUCAAUCUGAUGGACCCCAAGGAGACGUCCAUACUGGACGACCUGACGGAGGCCCUCUGCACCCCCCUUCCCCCUCAGCCACAGAACCACGUGACAGAGAGAUGAGGCCCAGGGUCGCUCUUGCUGCACCUGCCAAGCCGGGGUUCACCCUCUCCCUACCAGGGAGGAGAGAAGGACUACACCAGUCACAAUGGUGCUGGGACUCAUAGACCUUCCACCCUUCCAGAACAUUGCUCUCUUUAGGACCCAGUAAGGAGUGUUCAGCCAGGCCUGCAGGGGGCAGCACUUGCUGAAUGACCUCAGAGGCUGCCCUUCUGUGAGGCUAACCCUUUAACCAAGAACAACUUCUCUCCCUAGACUUAUUUCAUUUGGUUUCCCUCCCUUUUCCAAUUUUUCGUUUUGCGAAAGUGGAGGCUGGUUAAUGGUUUAUUGUUUGCGUCUUCCCUCAUCUUUGCACCUGUAGGACAAAAAGUACCCGGCCCUCUACCCACUUAUGAGUGUUUGAUGUUAGAGUAACAUGAAGAUGCUAGAUUUGUCUUAAAAUAACAGCACUUUUCCCCUCUCUUGGUUCAUAUAAGGGUGAGAUGUUGGCCUGGUUCCUCACAGAGCCUCAUGUAUGGUAUAAAGGUUUCUCUUUUUCUUUUUAUCUUUUAUAUGGUAAAAGGUGUGUGUGUGUGUGUGUGUGUGUGUGAGUGUGUGAGAGAGUGUGUGAGAUCAAGGCUUUUGCACUCUGGAACUGAGCGAGCUCUCAAUGCUACCUGCUCACUUUACACAUGAUACAGCAAUCCCAUCAGUCCCAUAUCAGAAAAACAGCUCCUCCAUUGGCCCACGGCCAUAUAUUUGUGUAUGGGAUACACAUUUGUUACAUACUAGACUACUAACCACUGUCAAGGAGACAGUCUUAGGUUAUGAAGUGGCUCUGUUAGGGAUUUAAAUACAGUGAGGUUGCCAUUUUGGAGUCAUGUUGGUUCCAGGGCCUGAGUUUGUGUGUUCGCUCUUGAGUGACAAAGACAUUGCUGUUGUCUGCUAAAAUUUAAAGCAUUUUUAAAAUUGAAACACUGCUAUUCAGGCUCUGGAAGCAACAUGCCCUGUGGAACAGUACAAAUGUUUAGAUGUUUUGAAGAGUAAAGUGGCUUUGGUGCAGUAAAAUGCAGGAAAGCAAGGGCUUGUCUGGCCUCAUUUUGAAAGACAAUUUCUGAAUGGAAAAGAAUGUAAACUUAGUCUAUGUAUUGAUUGCAAAGAUUAUUAUCUUGAAGUGAUUGAGAGUGCAAGAAAGAGUGAAAGAUAUUUUAGUUCUCCCUUCAUCACUGUUAAAAGAUUGUUCUGUUAGGCUGAACUCUUUGUGAGAAAAUUGGACCUUUAAUUUAUUAUUAUUUUUUUUUUUCUUCAUUUUGGUUUUAGUUGACAUUUUUCAGGGCUCCUCAGUUCUGGCUUUUGUUUUAUGUAUUUUAAUAAUACUUAAGUUAAAAGCAAUUUAAUAUUUUAAGCUCUGCAAAUUAUAACCUAAUAAAAUAUUUAAAAGUCA